CAAUCAAUUCCCCCCUUUCCCCCGCGAAUAGGAUCAUGAAAAAAUGUCUUCGUGGGGACACUUUAUUGUAGUGUGUAGUUCACUUUCCAUCCUGAUGGGCGGCGCUGUAACAAUUGCUCCAAAACGCAAUUUAACAAAUGCAGAAGAAGACAAUAGUUGCGGGAAAACUGAAGCGAAAGGAUGCUGUGUUGUUAAAUCUCAACUGUAAGAAAACAAGAUUUCAAAAAGACAGCAUGAAAACCCCAACUAUCACCGAUGUCCGGAAAGGUAUUUCAGUCCUUUGGGAGACCAUGCAGUGUCCCAUAUGCUUGGAUUUAAUGACUGAACCUGUUUCUACAAAGUGUGACCAUCAAUUUUGCAAAUUUUGUAUGAUGAAACUUUUGGACAGCACUAAAAGAAACAGGACGAACUGUCCAGUGUGUAAAACCAAAAUAACCAAAAGGAGCUUACAGGAAAGUCCUGGGUUUCAGAGACUUGUAGCAGGGCUGCAGGACAUGAUAAAGGCUUAUGAACAUGACACCGGCACCAACUACUUCACUGGAAUGUCCCAGCAGAAAGAGCAAAUGGGAGUGACAGAGGCUGAACCUACUGAACAUUGUCCCAAUAAGUUAUUCGGAGAUACACCUGACAACGCAGAAAGUGUCAACAACGAAGAUCCUUUCUCGACCAUAGCAGCCCAGAAUGGAUUUGCAAAACUGAUGGGACUUGAAGACACAAGUCCCAUGAUGACAGAAGUUGAAGGCCUGGACAGCGGCCUUGGUGAGGUCCAUCCAACUUCGUACAAGAAAGUCCACAGCCCUACAGAAAACUUUGAACCACUGGAAACGGACAUUUCAGAAGUUGUGGAAGCGUCGACACACAAAACGAGACGCAAAAUAAGAUACCGCAAAUCGGAGAAAACCUCAUUGAUUCCAGAGGAGCCUGAGCACCCGCGUUUAAGAAUGUCCAAAAGGAAUAAGGUUCAAAAGGAUUUGAAGCCUGACAAGGUCCUUGAGGAAAAGAAAAAGAAGAGUCUAGAGAAAGUUGCCGAGUGGCUCAUGAAGGUUCCAACUGAAGGAAGUCUCGAGUUGGAUAAACCCAACAAGGACGCGGGGGAUUCUGACAGCUGCUCCUCCGCUUCAACAAUAGAUAUCAAAGGACACAACAGUGAUGUCAAUCCUAAGAGAGAGGAACGGGCCAAAGCCCUUGAAGAGCAGGUGUUUGGUGCCGUCUACAAACGAGAGCGGAGAGGCAACAAGAUCACCUCUCCUCCACUUAAUGUGUUAAUCGAAGCACCGGCAACCAAAAUAACCCAAAGUAUCUCCAAAACAAGCAAGAUAAACACUGUCACUCCUGCUGGUUUCGUCAAGGAAGCAAGCGCUGAUGAUGAAAGUAAAAGCGACAUGGAGGAAGAGCAGCAAAGGUUGGAAGAAGUAACCGAUACCAGCAGUGACGUAGUUACAAAAGCAAAACACACGGAGGUUAUGGAGGAAAAGGAAAAAGACAAAUACGGCAAAGAGUUGAACUACCUGCCAGAAAGUGACCAAAUCUAUGACGCCGGGCCCGUGUCUGACGGUGGACAGGUAGCAGCGAGACGGUCAAACAGAAGGACACGUAGCACUCUGCUGCAGGUCGACAGGGAUUUGCAAGUUAAGGCAAAGAAACCUGAGAAUAGGAAUAGUAAAAACACGAGGACAGAAAGAGGCAAGUCUGCUAAAGUGCAGAAACCUCUGGUUCUGGUAGGAGUUAAAAGUGGAGAAACCAGUCCCAAGGCCAGGCCGAGGUCGGAAGAAGUUCAAGUUCACAUUGAGAAUUACCCGAGCAGCGAAGACCAAGAGAUUUUUUCAACGAGGAGCACCAGGAGAAGCAGAACACUGCGACUCUUCGCUGAGGAAGUCCAAGAGAGUCACAAGAAAGCAAUUAUAGCUGAAAAAGGCAGAAAUGUUCAGAAGCGAACUGAGGAAGCAAACGAUGGAAAUGCAAGAAACGGAUGUGUUUUUGAUCAAGAGUUGGAGGGAAUCCAAGACCUGGAGUCCGGUGAGAUGACGCCUUACUCGAGACCAACGGAAGCCGCCCAAGCGCCGGAUGCUGAAGAGGACGCCGCCGUAGUGCCGAGCUCCUCGAGUCCAGCCAACGCUGCGGCGGAUCCAGCGCUCGAAAAUGCCGACCGAGACAAUCGUCAGUCGGAAACUGGCGCUCGCGUGACCAAAUGUGCUGGGACAGAAGACGAGGACGAGGACGAGGAUGAGGAUGAGGAGGACAAGAAUGACAGCGAGCUGGACACAGAGCUCCUGCUCAAGAGCUUUAAAGCCACUAAAAGAAAAUCCUUCUUUUUUGGCGGCCCAAAUGUGAAAAAAAGCCGUGGCUCUGACACCGAGGGCCCGCGCGCCGAAGCAGAGGACGGCCCGCGAGUCGGUGCUGAAAGAACCGGCCCGCAGGCGCUCGGGGACGGUGAAAACUCCUCGUGGAGCGAUUUCGUCCCCCCUUCUAACUCGCCCGCUCAAACGAGAAAGCCCGCUCUCCAGGAACCCGACGGAGAGACGCUCGAGGCCGCCGGGGGCGACUCUGCGUCCGGGAAUGGCGUCAGCAGUGGCCUCACUCCCAACAAAGUGUCAAAGCGUGAUGUUGAAAGCCCCCAUCUUUCAGCGGCGCCUCAAGCCUUCCAUCUGGAGCCCAGUGAACCCUCGAGGUGUUCUCCGAGGACGGCAAGUCAGCCGGCCUGCGGCGCUAAACGCCUCUCGAACGCGGAGGGCUCCUUAACCCCCGAUGGCCUCGGAACACCAGCGGCGCGACUCCACCACGAAGCGAUGGCGCCCGGCGGGGAGCCGGCCUGCAAUUCCCCCGUGGCGAGCGCGCCCGGGAGGAGGAGGAGGAAGAGGCCGAGGAGGCUGGAGUCCUCGCUCGAGUCCGGCGGGAGCGACGAGGACUUGCCGACUUUGACGGAAAUCUUCGGAGCGCCGGCUCCCCCCGCCGGGUCGGAGGGUCGGGGGGAGGCUGGCCGCCCGCCUGCUUGCCCCAGCCCCGACGAGCCCAAUUCCAGCCAAGCAUCCGUUGACCUCUUCGGCACGCCAGACGGAUGUAACGUCCCAGCGAAUAAUGUCGGCGUUUCUUCGCAGUUUGAAUCAUCGCAGUUCUCGAGUGAAGUCCUCGUAACGCAGCAAAAGAUGGAAAUGCAGAAGGAGCUGGUGAGGCUGGAGAAGUUGAUGGCUCUGGUGUCGGAGGUGCUUCAAGAAAAGGAAGACAUUCCAGCAAAAGAAGUCCCGUCAGAAACAAAUCCGAGCGGACAAGACACAGAGGCUCACCGACUCCUCCCAUGUGACCAGGACCCGGGCCGAGGGUCAGACGGAGAAGCUGCCCCCGAAGCAGAGCGAGAGGCCGGCAGACGCCCGUCGGAGCGCGGCAGCGCGGCAGAGGCGGCCGUGCAGAGGUCCAGGCCCACGGGGCCGGGCCUAAACGGCACCGGAGCCUCCAAGGCACUGUGUUCCAGUUCAGCUUCAAAAACAUUGAAAAAAGGCGUUUCGCCUCCGGACGGGCAAGAAGACAAAGAAAAUAAUACUCCUCCGAAAGACCGGAGUAGAACAAAGAUGUUGCUGGUGUCGUCCGGAUUGGACCCAAAUGAACAGAUCAUGGUCAAAAGGUUUGCCAAACGUGUUGGUGCCCGUGUGGUUUCCACGGUAACCCCGGAGGUGACCCACGUGAUAAUGCACACAGACGAACGCCUGGUGUGCGAGCGCACACUCAAGUACUUCCUCGGCAUCGCGGGCAGGAAGUGGGUGGUGGGCUUCCAGUGGAUCUCGGAGUGCUUCAGACAAAAGGAGCUCUUAGAUGAGAGUGUCUUUGAGGUGAGAGGAGACGUGGUGAACGGACCCGACCACCACGGCCCCAUGAGAGCUCGGACCAGGGAGGACAACAACUUGCUCAUGAAAGGCUACAAGAUCUGCUUCCAAGGGCCUUUUGCAGACAUGACGACAGAUGAAAUGGAGGCGAUGGUGGAGCUCUGUGGAGCCGCUGUAGUCAGAGAUCCACUUCUCCUCGACGGCAACAAGAUCUCCCAUCAGCUCGUCAUCGUACAGUCUGGAUCAGAGUCGUCACUCGCACACAGCAGUUGCCCUGGAAACACUACAGUGGUGACACGUGGUUGGCUGUUGGAUACCGUGGCAACCUACACCCUCCAAAACCACAACCAGUACAGAGCAUCUCCAGCCGGUGUGCACGUUACAACCCCUGCCUCUUAAUGUCCAACGCUGCGUCUAAUCUGUCUGCUUUCUUUACAAAUCUCUAUGUAUAUUG